AUGUCUUCCACCCUCACACACCAUCUUCACACUGCACACACCAGACCUGAUCUCUGGGACCAUCUCCAGGACCCCAACCACCCACUCAACACAGCGUGGCCCUACUUUCUUGAACAGGACACAACACUGCUGAACCUCUCUCAAAAGAUAUGUGACUUUGCGGGACUACGAAAGUUCCAAUAUCUCAUCUCGGAGCGCAACGAUGCAGGUGACGAGGAACUUGUCGCCUGUGGUCGCUCUAUCCCGUUUUUCUGGCGAGAGCUUCUCGAGGCCGAGAAAGGGGGCAGCCUUGAUCUGAAACCGCACCUCUUCCAAAGCCUACCUGAUGGCGGAUGGGACACUAUGGUCGCACGUGGGAUCCGGCAAUACAUGGCUUCUCACCCUGAAGAGGCAUCUUCCUGGCCGUGGUCGUCAGCCCCCAUAACAACCGAGGAUCAGGAGAGGGACACAGCCCGAGCUUCCAGCUCAGAACCCCCCAAUGCUCUUUCUGCCCUUGCUGUCACUGUUCGCGCAGACCGUCGACGAACGGGCCUUGCGGAACGCAUCCUUCAGAAGAUGAAAGACACGGCUCGACAAGAGGGGCUGAAGAUUCUCGUUGUACCUCUUAGACCAACCAAGAAGUCUUCCCAUCCUUUCGUCCCCAUGGAAGAGUACAUCACAUGGACCCAAGCUCCCCUCAAGCAAACCAUUUGCCGAACUCCUAGCCCAUUCAGAGUGACGCCCCAGUCCACGGUGCAGCCAAUCACCAUCCCCAGCAAGGACCAUGUACUCAAACCUUCGCUGCCAUUCGAUCCAUGGUUGCGAAAGCAUGUUCGCAUGGGGGCCAAAAUAGCCAAGGUUGCUCACAAGAGCAUGGAAGUCGAAGCCAGUCUAGAUGAUUGGACUGCAUGGACAGGGAUAGACUUUGACUCCUUCCCCAAUGCUCCCACAGUGAGGGAAAUGGACGGAAGGUCGAGGGUAGCGGAGUACACUCAAGUAGCACUGCAAGGAGGGCUCGUUCCCUUGAAAGUGUACAGAGAAGAGAAGAGAGCAGUCUACAUCGAGCCAAAUGUGUGGAUUUAUCACCAGCUGGACUAG